GGGCGGACCCGGCAGCCACCGCCGCACCUGGCCCAGGUGAGCGAGCUGCGGAGCCGAGCGGGGGCUGCCGCCCAGAUAAUGGCAUUACACCCACGCAGAGUUCGAUUGAAACCCUGGCUAGUAGCUCAGGUAGACAGUGGUAUGUAUCCAGGCCUCGUUUGGCUCAACAGGGAUGCCAAGCGAUUUCAGAUCCCUUGGAAGCACGCCACUCGCCACAGCCCUCAACAUGAAGAGGAGAACACCAUUUUUAAGGCUUGGGCUGUGGAAACAGGAAAGUACCAGGAAGGAGUUGAUGACCCUGACCCUGCAAAAUGGAAAGCCCAGCUCCGGUGUGCCCUCAACAAAAGCCGGGAAUUCAACCUGAUGUACGAUGGCACCAAAGAGGUGCCGAUGAAUCCUAUUAAAAUUUAUGAAGUGUGUGACAUCCCACAGUCCCAGGGCGCAAUCAUUAAUCCAGGCUCUACUGGUUCAGCUCCAUGGGAUGAGAAGGAUAAUGACGAAGAUGAAGAUGAGGACGAAUUAAACCAGUCUCAGCAUGUAGCUAUACAAGAUACCUUCCCAUUUCUUAAUAUCAAUGAUUCCCCAAUGGCACCCGCUAGCGUGGAGACCCAUACCCCAGAACCUGUAGAUAUCGAGAUGCCAAUGCCUCCUGCACUCCCAGCUCUGCAGCAUGAUAUGUUCAGCUCUCCUGAACUCUGGAUUAGCUCUCUUCCAAUGACAGAUCUGGAAAUCAAGUUCGAGUAUCGAGGCAAAGAAUUUGGGCAGACCAUGACUGUGAGCAACCCCCAGGGCUGCAGACUUUUCUAUGGAGAACUGGGUCCUAUGCCAGAUCAGGAAGAACUCUUUGGUCCUAUCAAUUUGGAGCAAGUCAAGUUUCCGGGGCCAGAACAAAUCACCAACGAAAAGCAAAAGCUCUUCACAAGCCGAUUGCUUGAUGUCAUGGACAGAGGGCUGAUCCUGGAAGUCAGUGGUCAUGCCAUUUAUGCAAUCCGACUUUGCCAGUGCAAAGUGUACUGGUCUGGACCGUGUGCACCUUCCUCCACCACACCAAACUUGAUUGAAAGACAAAAGAAAGUCAAGCUCUUUUGUUUAGAAACAUUCCUGAGUGAACUGAUUGCCCAUCAGAAAGGACAGAUUGGGAAACAGCCACCAUAUGAGAUCUACUUUUGUUUUGGGGAAGAAUGGCCAGAUGGGAAAUCAAAAGAUAGAAAACUGAUUGUUGUUCAGGUAAUUCCAGUUGUAGCUCGGAUGAUCUAUGAGAUGUUCUCUGGUGACUUUACCCGCUCCUUUGAUAGCGGCAGUGUGCGGCUUCAGAUCUCUACACCUGAUAUCAAGGACAACAUUGUUUCUCAACUGAAGCAACUCUACCGUCUGUUGCAGAACCAUCAGGAAGGCUGGCCAAUGCAGCCACCGAACAUGCCGAUGACUGCACCCCUGACAGCACAAUGAUAGUCCCCUCUUUCUUAAAGAAGAAUUCCCUGUAAUUGUACUGUAAUUGCAGAACAAGAGUGUUUUUAUUUCAAUUGAUUUUAAACAUCUCUUGAGUAAGUGAAAUUUUAAAUGAGAAUGUUUUAUGCAUAACCUAUUUUAAAUCUUUGCAAAUUUAAAUUUAUCUGGAUUAAGGCAUGUACACAAGAACACACCUCGUAUUUUACACUUUUUCACUUCUUCAGUUAAUGUAAAUAUAUCAAAGGAUGCUUAAGUUGUGCCUUGCUCACAUGUAACACAACAAUCUUCUCUUUCUAUGUGUGAGGGCUCAAAUGUUUUUACUCAAAUAGAGUAUCAAAAUCCCUAAACCAAAACACAUACUUUAAACUCUAUUCUUGCACACUGGUUUGAUAACUUAGUAAAAUUUAUCACAUAAAUUGCAUGUUUGUACUUUAUGUUUUUGUUUUUAAAACAAAACCAAACCCAGUAACCUAGUGCUGCUGGUAUAAGUGUGAAAUUUCUGAACAAAGCAAAUUUUUAGUGGCCAUAAUUGUGUCUGACUUCUAUCUCUUCAAUAAAAUUGCUUUGCAGAAUAGUGAUCUGACAGUUCUCUUGAUUUUACUCCAGUAAACCACUGUUAUUUGAUGGUAUCCUCCCUCUGUUUUAGGCCUGAAAAGGUAUAGUUUUUAUUUAAUUGACUGUAUAAUCAGUCAAGCCAGAUCUCAUAAGAAUUGAAGUACUGCUAAUGCAUUAAGAUGAUGCUAGGUUGUUAAGUAGAAGGCUAACAAGCAGUUGUUUUUAAUAUCCUCCCAUGUUGAGUACCAUAGCUUAGCACAUCAACUGCUGAUUGUACAAUGUGGAAGAAAUGGUCAGUUACAAUCAAUGGUUUUCAGCUUGAUUACUUAUGAAGACAAAGAAUAUAAGUAUUGCUUUCUGUUGGACCAGUCUGUUAAUGAGGGUGUGUCCAAACCAGUUUCACUGAGCUGCUCUUCAAACAGACUGAAACAUUAGCUAAACUGCAGUGUUUGUUAGUCUGUCAAGUUGCCAGAAGAUAUGAAAUGGCACUGAAGCCCUCUUCUUGCUCUGUGCAGGACCUAUUUUCCAAAGAUGUAAGCAGACUGUUAACUCAGGAAGUUUGAAUAUUGUUGCAGAUGUAACCCAGCCUGUUGUAAAUGACAGUGUUUUGAAUGCUAAAGGACAGCUUUGUUCAGGACUGGUUAAGGGCAUGUUUUCUGGAAAACACAUUAAAAUGCACUGCCAUAAACUUUCUGUUAAACUUUAACCAUGUGUUCAUAUCUCCGUGUUUUACUAGUGGUGAUUAUGCAUGAUUGAAUCAUAUUUAACUUGCAUAUCCAAGAUAAUAGGUAUUCAACUCACUUCUAAAUAGUAUUUGAUUUAGAACAGCUUUAUUUGAAAGCAGGGGAAAUAAUUUGUGUCCUGGGAGUGUUUCAUCAGCUGAGUAAAACUGAG